AUUUAUCUCUAACCAUGAGAAACGUCAACACUUUCCCCACCACAAAUCACCAAAAUGCCACCCCACAAAUUCCCCAUCUCUCUCUCUCUCUCUCUCCUCUCUCUCUUCUCUCUCUCUCUCUCUUCCCAUAUCUCACUAUCCACUGCAAUUUAAUUCAUUUCUCGGCCAAUGAAUAAUUUUCACUUAAAUAUUCUGCUGUACACAAAAAUGGCAAUUUUAUCAAUGUUAGCCAUGGCGGCAUCAUCAUCAUCAUCGGCUGCUGCUAACGUGCACCCCGUGAUUUUAAUACCGGGGAGUGGCGGCAACCAAUUAGAAGCUAGGCUGACGUCAGAGUACAAGUCCUCGAGCUUGGUGUGCAACAAGUGGUACCCGCUGAAGAAAGACCCGGAUGGGUGGUUCAGGCUUUGGUUCGACCCGACUGUGAUUUUCCGACCCUUCACAAAAUGCUUCAAUCGGAGGAUGAUGAUUUACUACGACCCUGAUGAGGAUGAUUACCAUAAUGCCCCUGGUGUUGAGACUAGAGUUCCUCAUUUUGGAUCCAUUCAAAGUCUUCUCUAUCUUAAUCCUACUCUCAAAGGUAUUACAUCAUACAUGAAACCCCUAGUAAAAUCUCUCGAAAAAGUAGGCUACGUGAGCGGCAACAACCUCUUCGGUGCACCCUAUGAUUUUCGUUACGCGUUGGCCGCAGAAGGGCACCCGUCCAAAGUGGCCUCCAAAUACCUAGCCGACCUCAAAACCCUAAUAGAAUCGGCGAGCGCCUCCAACGGGGCCCGCCCCGUAAUCCUCUUGACCCACAGCUUAGGCGGCCUCUUCGCCCUCCAUCUCCUCAACCGCUCCCCAAUUUCUUGGCGCCAAAAGUACAUCAAACGCUUGAUCACACUAGCCGCCCCGUGGGGCGGCACAGUGGGAGAAAUGCUCACUUACGCGAACGGGAACUCGUUCGGCGUGCCGCUAGUCGAUCCGCUCCUCGUCAGGGACGAACAGAGGAGUGCCGCUAGCAAUUUGUGGCUCAUGCCUUCCCCUAGGGUUUUCAAUGAAUCUAAACCGCUAGUGGUUAUGGCGAACGGUACGCAUUAUACUAGUUCGGAUAUCGGCCGUUUUCUCGGCGAUAUCGGAUUUCCAGAGGGGGUGGGCCCGUACGAGACGCGGGUUUUGCCGUUGGGUUUGCGGGCCCCGCAGGUGCCCGUUACGUGUGUGGUUGGGACCGGGGUGAAGACGCCGGAGAAGUUGAUUUACGGGGGUAGUGGGUUUGGGGAACAGCCGGUGGAGAUUGUGUACGGGGAUGGGGACGGAACAGUAAAUAUGGUAAGCUUGCUUGCGGUGGAAACGGAGUGGGGUGGGUGUAAGAAUCAGUCACUUGAGGUGAUCAAGAUUGAUGGUGUUUCUCAUACUGAAAUAUUGAAGGAUGAAAAUGCACUUGGAAAGAUAGUUGGUGUAGUUUCUUCUGUUAAUUCUGGAAUUUCGAUGAGUUCGUUGGUUGUAAGAACCUUUUCUUGAUCAUGUUGACAAUUUUUUUUUUAUAUGGUUUGGGAAUUAAAUCUCAAACUUUGUAGUCAUACAUUUUAUAGCUAAACGAGAAAAUAUAAAAUGGAUUAGGAGUAAGUGUUGGAUUCAAAGAUUUGAAUUGUAUUAAGAAUUUUAU